UUAUGCUGCUGCGUUUCAACGGCACCUCUGAAGGCUUCUUUCAAACGGGUUGGGGUGACCGCGGGGACACGGAGUCGGGCGCGGUAGCCACGUCCGCGAGCUUUGGGCUGACCGGGUGCUUCUUUGUGUUACCUCCGUAGUGCUCCAGGGAGGGAGAUGCGUAGGCUGCAUAAAUGGGGGGAGGGGGCGGCCAGUCUGAAGGAAUGCUGCUUGUAUCGUUAGGACUGCCCUGGUGGGUCCAGUCCAAAGCCCACUGAACCCAGUAUCUUAUUCCCGACAUAGCCCAGCCAGCUGCUGAUAGGCGCUCCUAGAUAGGGUGGGGUGGCCUUUCCGUUAUUUCUUCCUGGCAUUUCGUAUUUAGUACUCUCAAAGAUGGAGGCUGUGUUAAGAUUGUUGAUAUUCGUCAAGGGUCCUGAUCUCCUGUAAUAAUGACAUAAAUAAAUGAAAGGCUCAUCUCUUAAAACACACAGAGAUCCCCAAACUAGGAACAUUUGUGAAAGGAUCUCACGAAAGAGGGAUGAGAGUUGUGGUGGGGAUGUGAAUGUCUGCAUUACAAACAGUUCUCUGCAGACUUACUGGCUUUGCAGUGAUCCAGGUUUUUGAAAAUUCAUUGGUAGUUGGUGAGUUGACCUUUUCAAUGUUGUUGUCAUCAGCUGCUAUUGCUCCUGAUUCUUGUUCUCAUCAUUGCUACCACUUGGGUGUGUACCAAUAUGUCAUCACCCAACACAUGUAGCAGGACACUCUUUAGACUUCUUUGAUUCAGCUGGACUUGAGAAUGGUACGCUUGAGUGUGGAGGCCUUUGAUCUAGUUACUUUGUCAUGGUCAGAUCGCCGUCUGUUGAGAUUCAGACUGAUGGCAGCUUUUCCUCUCUGCAAGGGUGGUGGACCUAUCAAGAUGGUCCAGCCCAGCAGCUAAGGGAUCUGGACAGUUUCCAAAGGGCUCUGGAGAGCUGUCCCACAGAUAUGGCAGGCACUCCUGUCAAAGCCCUGGUUGGGCUGUGCAACACAGAAAUAACCCAGGUGAUUGACAUGAUCAUUCCUGAGCAGCCUCUCUGUUGUACAACUUGCAUGAUUGAUAUACCCCAGAGCUGACAGCAAUGAAACAUCAUAGGAUAUAACUAAAGUGCAGCUGUAGGGAAGCUCCUCAUAGAUGCGAGUGUACCUUUGUGUAGUGCAUAUUACAGCAAGGUAUAGUUAGAGGCAGUGAGGGCAGUAAAGAAAUAACAUCUCACUGUCUUUUUUCAGUGGUCUGCUUGCUGUUCAGUGGAGCUUUUCAGGGUCAUUCAGGGCCUGUAACAUGAUGGCACUAAAGACAUCUUAGACCUCUCUGAGGCCCACCGUGGGGACUUGCAUCCCCAGGCACUUCCAGGAGAAAAUCUUUUGCAUUUGUCUGGAUUUAGAAUCCAAAAAUAUAACAUUUGCACCAGAAUAUCCCCCCUUUGUUGUGUGCUGUAUUGUAGAUGGCUCAACCACUGUUUGAAAGUGAUAGGUCUUUGAUCCCUAGAGAGGAGAUUAACAAAGAGGAAGAGCCAGGGGGAAAAGCAGAAGAUCCUCACAAAGUUCAGAUUGAAUGUACUGCAGAUCGUACUAAGAUGGAAGCUCUUGACCACGGAAAGAAGAGUCUUUCCAGAGACCCAGAGUGUUGUGACAUCCCUUUCUAUGUGUCUGAAUUUGUAGAAAGGGAAUUUGGAAAUGAUCUUGAUUCAUUAAGCAAGCUUGGCAGUCUUAUUGAACAGUUGUCAGAAGGCAAAAUCAAGCUAGAAGAACAGGUACUUACAGUUUCAUCGGAAGAUCCAAAAAGAAUUAAAAAAGCCUUACAGAAUGCAGAAGAUUCUAAGAUGUGUCUGAAUCAACUUCUUGAAAAUGAAAACCUUUUAUAUGAGUCCAUUAAUAAUCAUUUGUUGACAUCAAAACCAUGGAUGGAGGACCUUGGUGUACAAAUAAAUCGAAUAAAAGAAGUUGAACGGUACCUUGCUUAUUUAAAAUUGAUCUCACAAAUAGAGGAAUUAAGUGACAACAUUCAGCAAUAUCUUAUGACCAACAAUGUGCCAGAGGCAGCUUCUACUCUAACUUCAAUGGCUGAGUUAGACAUCAAGCUUCAAGAGUCAUCUUGUUCUCAUCUUCUUGUUUUUGUAAGAUCAACUGUCCAAUUCUGGCACAAGAUCUUAAAGGAUAAACUGUCAAGUGAUUUUGAGAAUACUUUAAAAAACCUUCAUUGGCCAUUUGUUGGACCAGCACAAUCUCAGCCUUUUGGUUCAGCUACUGCACCUGCCAAUGCCCUAGAGAUAGACAAUAACUUUGAGACUCUGUUUUCUCAACUAUUGAAACUGCAGACAUCAGAUGAACUAUUAACCAAGCCAAAGCAGCUUCCUGAAAAGUACUUUCUUCCUCCGACCCCACCUAUUAUAUUACCCAUGCAGAUCAUGCUGGCUCCUCUUCAGAAAAGAUUCAAGUAUCACUUUACAGGAAAUAGACAAACCAAUGUUUUAAGCAAGCCUGAAUGGUACCUAACACAGGUACUUAUGUGGAUUGGAAAUCAUGCAAAGUUUCUUGAAGAAAAAAUCCAACCAAUAUUAAACAAGGCUGGCUCAACUGUGAAUGCAAGGCUGGAGUUUUCCCGAGCUUUGGUGAUGCUGAUCUUAGAGAAGUUGGCUGCUGAUAUCCCAUGCCUGUUGUAUGAUGACAGCCUCUUCUGUCAUCUGGUGGAUGAAGUACUCCUGUUUGAGAGAGAGCUGCACAGUGUACAUGGAUAUCUCAGUAGCCUUCCCAGCUGUAUGCACAUUUUAUCAGAAGAAACCUUUUUUCAAAGAUGGCUAACAGUAGAAAGAAAAUUUGCUCUUCAAAAGAUGGAUUCAAUGCUUUCAUCUGAAGCUGCUUGGAUAUCUCAGUAUAAAGACAUCACUGAUGUAGAUGAAAUGAAAGUCCCAGACUGUGCUGAAACUUUUAUGACUCUGCUACUAGUUAUCACAGAUAGGUAUAAACAUCUUCCUACAGCUGCUAGAAAGCUUCAGUUCCUAGAGCUGCAAAAGGAGUUGGUGGAUGACUUCAGGAUACGACUAACUCAGGUUAUGAAGGAGGAGACCAGAGUGCCAUUAGCCUUCCGAUACUGUGCAAUCCUUAAUGCUGUCAACUACAUCGCAACUGUACUAGCAGACUGGGCUGACAAUGUUUUUUUCUUGCAGCUUCAGCAGGCUGCUUUGGAAGUCUGUGCUGAUAGCAACACACUAAGUAAGCUACAGUUAGGACAGCUGGCUUCUAUGGAAAGCUCUGUCUUUGAUGACAUGAUUAACCUCCUAGAGCGACUAAAACAUGAUAUGCUGACUCGUCAAGUAGAAAAUGUCUUCAGGGAGGUCAAAGAGGCUGCCAAGUUGUACAAAAAAGAGAGGUGGCUCUCUUUGCCAUCCCAGUCAGAGCAAGCAGUAAUGUCCUUGUCAAGUACUGCCUGCCCACUGCUGCUGACCUUGAGAGACCGGCUGCUACAGCUGGAGCAACAGCUUUGCUAUACAUUGUUCAAAAUUUUCUGGCAAAUGCUUGCAGAGAAGGUGGAUUUGUUCAUCUAUCAGGAAAUAAUUCUGGCUAAUCACUUCAAUGAAGGAGGAGCAGCACAACUCCAGUUUGACAUGACAAGGAAUCUUUUCCCUUUAUUUUCACAUUACUGCAAGAGGCCAGAGAAUUAUUUCAAACACAUAAAGGAAGCUUGCAAUGUACUGAAUUUAAAUGUUGGCUCAGCCCUACUCUUGAAGGAUGUACUCCAGUCAGCUGCUGAAAACAGAACUGAAACCAUCUUGAAUUCAAGCCAGCCCACUGCAAUUGCAGCAUUAAAUGAACUUGGAAUUUACAAAUUAGCUCAACAGGAUGUGGAGAUUCUUCUUAACUUGAGAACAAACUGGCCUAUUACUGGAAAAUAAGCAAGUAAUAGAAUAGAAAGACUAAUCGCUCUUGCAUUCUUAAAAGCAAACCCAACAUCUCUGUGUUGUAGGUUACAAUUGCAUAAAAAAAGAAAAGAAAAAAGAGGGGAGGUUUUUUAAGCAAAGAUGAAAUAGUUGUUUAUAUAUCAGUUUUAAAGAUACAGUUGUCAACUGAUAAAGCACAGUUGAUCGAUCAUAUUGUCCAUUUAUAAUAACCAACUGGGAGGUGUUCCUGUCAAGUUCCAGUGUGGCAAAUACCAUUUCUCAUCUGUUACCCUGUGUUAAGUGAAAUUCUGUUCUGUAGAGAGUACACUCUAAACCAUACCCUAUAUGGGACAAGCCUAUUAUAGGAACAAAUUGGGAAUAUUUCGAGAGUUUUUGAGAACUGUAUAAUUUGUGUAAACAAGAGCGGAGUUGCUCCCCCAUAUUGACUUUGUGCACCUCAGACUGGUCUACAGCUAUUCCUAAGGUGUCUCAAGUAUUAUUUUUCCCAUACUGUAUGAGAGCCCUGAGCCAUUACACCAUAUGAGUACUGUGCUGAGUGGUCCCCUAUCAAGACUGUGGUCCUCAAAGAUGCUGUACUGAUGAAGUGGUACAGAAUAACUGGACCCUAUUUCAUUGUUUAAUGGCCAUAAUAAUUAAAAUGUAUGAACAACCAUUCUACAUUUCACCCAAGCAGUAGGCUAAUUUCUAACUUACUUAUAAUACACGUAAUUUGAAUAAUGAUUUGACACUAAAAGGGCCGGUUGUUAAAGUUGCAAUGUAAAUAUGGAAAGGGAAGAUUAUACUCUCCUUGUUUUCUCUAGAGGUGGAAGUCAUAAUAAAUCUCUCUUGCCAUAAUGAUGACACAGUAAUACCACAUUUGGAUAUGUGUCAUUAAACGUUUAUGAUGGAAAAAACUUAGAACCAAUUUUUUUUAAAAAUUAUAUCUCUUCAUUUAAAGUAAAAUAGACUACUAUACUGGUUAGUUUUGACUAUAAUAGGCUCAGCAUUUAUUAGAUAAAGGAAAAAUUACUUAAAAGUAUUUCAGCCUUUAUGAAACAUAAUAAAAUUACACAUCUGCUGUAAUAGUGGUACAGUUAGUAUCUCUGAAUAGGGCCUAUUUUUUCAUAAGGGAAAGUAUGAAAUUUUAGAUCAGAACUCUCAAGGUUAAAAUGCUGCCCACAGUUCAGCAAAUUUUUUCAUCCUAUGGAGAAAAAAGACACAGUAAUUAUAUAUAAAUUAUUGCAUCUAAUUUAUAGUUACACUGAUAUUUAUAAAUCCACACAUCCAAAAUAAAGUGGAAAACCAAUUAGUAAUUCAUUGUUACAGUGAACAAAAAACAUGUGCUAAUGCUUAAAUUUGCCCUGGACUUUGGUCACUGUAUAUUCUCUUUGGAUAGUGUUCUCCCAACAAAUAAAAAAUAAUUAAAAAAUCAAA